AUGUUCCUAGUUGUUGUUUAUAAUGAUGUAGCAAAUAGUUUAGAUGCAGACGAUAAAUGGAAUGUACUUUUUUUAAAGCAAAGAAUAUGUCAGGAUUUAAAUCUGAAUCCAGAUAUUUAUUGUCUAUCACACAAGAAAUCCCGUGGCUAUGAAUUAAUGCAUGAGGAUCACAAAUUACUAGAUUAUAAUCUUACAACUAACUGCUAUCUGUAUCUCCAUGAGCGCCAUCCAAAAAGACGUUAUUUUGUUUUUUGCUAUCCGUGUGAAUCUAUUCGUCCUGCGUUGAUGACUUUUAGUUGUUCGCUUUGCCAAUCGGCAUUUAUUCCUGUUUGUCAGGACGUUGACUCGAUGAUCUGUAGGGGAAAGUGCUCUUCUAAUGACUGUAAUUCAGCAGAAGCUAAGAUAAAUUUUUCAUGCACUUUUAUGUCUUCUCAUAGUCCAACGGUUUUCUUGAAGCAUAUAAAACAAAAUAGUACGGAGAUAUUUUGUGCUGCGUGUAUGUCUUCGGAAAUAGAAAUUAUAAUAUGUCUUUGCGAGGAGGAACGGCAUUCUCUUUGCCUUGAAUGUUUCAAAAAGUACACAGAAGAGUAUUUUUACUCUGGCAUUUUCCAUUUCAUUGACAACGUUGGAUACACUAUCAGUUGUCCUGCUGGAUGUCCCAAUUCUUUUGUUAUGGAUCCUCAUCAUUUCCGCAUUCUGGGUCCAGAAUUUUAUUCACGUUAUAAAGAGCAGUCAGUUAAACGGUAUUUGCUUUCUAAAGGCUCCACAUUUUGCCCUUCAUGUGGAGUAGAUUGGCAAAUCAUGAACUCUCGAGGUAAUGUAAAGUCUCCUGGCAUUUGGCAUCACUGUCUCCCACCUGUUGGUUGUGGGUCACUAUUUUGUUCUUCGUGUGGUUGGAACUGCAGCCAGUUAGAUCCUGAAUGCUCAAAUGAUGUAUCUCUGAAGUGUUUCUGCGAAGAAAAACACGAGUCUUCUAAGAACGCAUCCUCUGCGAAUUCCAACUCUGUUUGGAAGUCAUUAAAAUUAAGAGUAGAUGAUGCAGAAAGUCGCAAAUAUAUCAAUGAAACAUGUCGUUCUUGCCCGGGUUGCAAGUCUCCUACUCAAAAACAUGGUGGUUGUAAUCAUAUUCACUGCUCAAUAUGUGGACUUGACUGGUGUUGGAUUUGCUGUAACACGUGGACUGCCGAAUGCUUAUCUUCGCACUGGUUAUUUCUAAUUUUUAAUAAAGAUUUCUUGCGUAGAUUCCAGUUUUCAAAAUUUUCGAUCUUUAUUUAUGUAAUAGUAAAAAUUUUUUUACAGAACAUGUCUGCCGGAGCUGUUCGUGCCCCACUUGUUAUCCCCCUGAGAAGCCCAGAUUUAGGCUUGUACAAAUCACAUUUGGAUACAAAUACAUAUCUGGAUCUUACUUGCGAUACGCCAGAUGUAGCUAUUUAUUUUACAAUCAAUGGGAAUAGACCAACGGUUGCCAAAAGUAGGAAGGAACUCCAAAACAGUGGGACUUAUAAAUUCCAAAAGCCUUUUACUUUACCGCCUGGAUGUCAUACUGUUCGAGCAGUGGCUGUUUCUCUGGAUAAUGGUAAUGAAAGCAGUGUAGUUACAAAAACAUUCGAUGUGGUCAAAGUCAAGAGUUUUCAUGUUAGUGACAAAAAUGACUUUGGAGAUGAUUAUGGUUUUCUUAAUGAACUAAACUUAGUCGAUUCUAAACGUCGAAGACAAUUGUCGGGAGCUGAUCGUCCUGACACUCAUGAGUCUAUUCAUCGCCUAUCGGAGAACGAUAAUGAAACUGUCCGAAAAUGUUCUUCAGAAAAAAAUUGCUGUCACGUAAUCAAGAAGUCCACUAAAGAUCAAGAAAAUCAGGUUAAUUUGAAAAAUGAGUCUGUAUUGUCAGCAGACAAUCAGAAUAAUAAUAUAUCGAUAAAAUCGUCAUUGAUUCAUGAAUACCCUGAGCUUUCAUCUCAUAUGAUUAAUAAACUACAACAGACAACAGAUAUUUUACGAUGCCCCAAUUGUCACCAUCCAAGGCCAGUGAGUAGAAAACAGAACUUUUGCUUCCAUUGCGGUGUAAGUCUACCCACAUUGUCGACACAGAAAUAUGGUUCUUCUGCUUUAGAAAAUAUUGGUGUAUGUCCUUAUUGUAAAGCGCAUGUACCAUUAAAUUUAACUAGCUGUUUAGUUUGUGAAAGUCCACUACAGAUACAGAAGUAUGGACAAUGUCGUAAAGAAUCUCGUUUGUGUACAACAUGUAAGACAAUGAAUCCUACUGACCUAAAAAGUUGUAUAAUAUGUGAAGCUAAGUUAGCAACAGGAGCAACUAAUGUCAUUCUUUCGGGUUUCCAGUCUACAAUUGAUUCUCAUCCUCCCAUACCUUAUCCAGAAAUGUGUAAAAAUGUACGUUUUUCUACUUGUCCUUAUUGCCAUCGUGAAAAUAAUCUUGAUGCUCGAUAUUGUGAUUGGUGUGGUUUAGAAGUACCAAAACACUAUCAACAAUCACUGAAUGGUGGUGAAAUGAAAUCUUCUGAUAAUAUUAAUGGUAACAGACAGUUAUUCAACUCGAAUUCUUCAGAUUCGAUUCGAGAUAUGUCAUCUGUUGGUUUGCAUAACACUCCAAAAGAUAAUCAAAAUAAAAUCACUCUACGAGAUGGUUUUAUUCAUUGUAUAAAGUGCGAUUUACCGAAUCCAAAAGAAGCAAAUUAUUGUUCUUAUUGUGGAUUAAACUUGAUGCCUCCUCCACGUUGUACUGGAUGGUUUCCAAUGAUUAAUAGAUCAAGUCACCAUGGAUUUGAUAUUGGCGGAAAUCAAUCUGAAAAGUCGGUUUCACAGCACAAUUACUUACAACCUGUAGUCGCAAAUGUUUCUACCCAAACUUAUGGGAUAUUUUAUCCAAGUUCAACAAACUUACGAUGUCAAGAUCAGUUAGCUCAAAACCGUUUGUCAGCUGAUGUUCAACUGAGAGACAGAAUACCUACACUUACUGCAAUAAGUCCCGGAAGAGGUUUUUGGCGAAAACAAUUAGACCAUAUAUUUGCACAUUUAAAAUUAUAUACAAAUAAUAAUUCAGAAUUUCGCGCUUCGAUUGGUCAACCUAGAUUUGGCAAACUUUUGUCUGCUGACCUUUGUGCACUGGCAUCCAAUCAGGCAAAAAUCACUUUAAUCUAUUCACUCCCGAAUGACAAAAACAAUACAUCUAUAACACUAAAUAGAACAGGUCCAAGUAAAAUUCCAUUGGAUUUAGAUUACUGUGAUAAUCAUGAUAGUGACGUGAUUCCUCACUUCAAUAAAUACUCAAAUCAAACUAUACCAAACUCUGGUGAUUUCAGAAAUGAUAAACAUGAAAAUGAUUUAGAUAAGAAAUCGAUUGACAGUAAAUCAUAUAAUAAAGAGUCUAUCAAUUUGUUUCCAACAAGGGAUGAUCAUUGUGAAUCGUUUCGACCGAUCCCAAAUCCACGAAGUGUAUAUAGUAACGAUAGUAACCGAUCGUCUUCUAGAUCUCCACAUAAAGCGGACGAUCAUCAAAAUAAAAACAAAACUAAGUCAAUUGAAUGGGAAGAUGUUGAUACUAAUGAGGAUGAUGAGGAAUCUAGACAAAAUACACAACCUCCUACUAAAUCAACAAGUUCCAUAAAAACAAAAUCAAAUGAUAAAUCACUGAGUAUACAAUCUAAUCCUAACUUACAAUAUGGUGAAGUUGGUGUUGCUCUACUACGAAAUUCCAAAUUAUCGACUUCAGAUCUUAAUUUGUUCUACACGCUAAGUCAACCAAAAUUAGAUAUUCAUGAAGUUAAACGUCUUCUUAAUGAAGGUGCAAAUCCAAAUUGCAUUAAUGCUGCUAAAGAAACACCAUUGAUUUGUGCUGUACGUCAUGGCUUCGUUGAAGCGAUAUCUGUACUAAAAGAAAAUGGUGCACAGGUUAAUGCUACCGGAACAUCUAACGUGUUCCUUGGUCUUCCUCUUUUCCGUUUCCUUUCAGAAUUCCAAGUUAGUGCUUGCCUCGUGAUGCAGUUUGGUGAUUUCCACAAUGUAUGUCCUACCCAGCUCCAGUGUCUUUUCCUGGUUUUCUCUUCAGCUGAAAUCGGGUUUCUUCUGUCACAGCAGGUUGUUGUUGAUGUUUUCCGGCCAACGGAUAUUGAGUAUCUUGCGUGGGCGUUUGGAAAUACUUGUACCUUUUUGAUGAUGGUUGUUGUAGUUCUCCAAGUUUCAGCUGCAUACAGUGAAACUGUCUUGACGUUCGUAUUGAAGAUUCUGACUUUGAUAUUGGUUGACAGUUGUUUCGAGUCCUAUAUGUUCUUCGACUGUAGGAAUGCGGCCCUUGCUUUGCCAAUCCUCGCCUUCACAUUAGGCAACACUGCAUUACAUGAAGCAGUUCUGCGUGGCAUUGACGGAUUAGAAUUGGCAAAAGAGUUAUUAAGAUGUGGUGCAAAUAUGAAAAUAGAAAAUAAUCGUAAAGAAACACCACAUUCACUAGCGUUGCAUUCGAAUUGUGAACCGUUAAUACGGCUGUUCGUUUUACAUUUAGGUCAGAAACAAUUGAAAGAACUCACUGAUUGAUACUCCAGGUGAAGUUGACUUGGAAUUGAACAAUCGUCUCGAUAUAGUAUAAUCAAUAUCAUAAAUACAUAGACUAUCCGUUUCGUGUUUAUGUUUAUGCUACCCAGUGUUUCAUUACUUAUUUCUCAAAAGUAACCCAACCCACAUAUCUCUAUUACAAUGAGAUGCAUAUCAUUGUGACUAGUUUUUAACUUACAUAAAUUUUCUUGUUCAGAAGUUCAUUAUAUAAUCUUAGCAGAAAAAUCGCAUAUAUAUUGUAUGAUUACACUUAUUCGAGGGAUAAAUUUAAUCUACACCUAGCUCACUAUUUGAUAUAAGAUCUCAUCGUUGUUAAUGGCAAUGAUAUUCUAUUAUGAAUAAUAUUAAUAAAACCAUUCAAGAAGACGUUUUUUUCUGGAUAAAGCUUUUAUAUUCAAGAGUAUUGGUCUUUUUCAGUUUAAUAGUAUAGAAAAAACGACAAGUGAUAAUUGAAAAUCUCACUGCUUCAGUAACUGCCUAAGAUCUAGAACAUUAUGGCAUACAUAGAAGACACAAAAUCAAACUGUCAAUGGCUUAAACAAAUAUCGAUCGUGAAUCAGCUUAACAAAACGACCAAUUUGAAUAAAAUAAGGCUUCAUGCAAUUAUCAAACUUAAAGUUAUAAGCCCCGAUCCAAAUAGCAUACUUCUCCUUAAGGUUUGCGCUGUUUUGAAUGAUGUCAAUGACUUGCAACUAAACCAUUUAUGUAAAAGUAUAGAAAAACUACUGUAAGACGUUUGACUUUCCUUGCUAUUGGUGAUUUACUGUCCUCACAUUCAUCAUGAGUGAUCGUAAGAAACAAAAUAAAACUAAGCUAACUACUUUGAGUAAGCGACAAAAUACUAGGGGUUGCAUAACAAUAAGUUUUCAUUUGUCAGGACAAUUUCUAUACGAUCGCCAAAACGAGUGCUUUUGUUGAUCAUGUGCUAUAACACACGUUUUGUGACAGAUAGAUCUAAAUAAAUGAGGGAUUAUUUCGUCUUCCCAAAACAGAUUUAUUUGGGUUUUGUACAUAAUGAUCAAAUGUGAUAGCCACGAUGUCAGUCAGUUAAUUGACUUUUUGUUUAAAUUAAUCGAUUACUAUUACAUAAAAGCAUACUGUGACUAAAAUGUAGCUUAGAUAAAUGGUUAUUGUUGAAGGUUCCUGGCUAAAUAAGCACUUUAUGGAAAUUAGUACGUAAUCGUAGCAAAGCGACGGUUAUCUGACCAUCGAAGUUAAAAUUACUGUCGUGAUUUCAAUGCCUACCUCAAAGUAUUUGACGAUGAACUAUCAUCAAUACGAAAAAGCUCAUCUAACUUCGUUAAGCAUAAAAUCGUUAAUACACUAGACCGUACAUCGAAUCCUUCACAUAUUUUUGGAAUUACUCACUAUUACCAAAAUAGUCCCAGUUUUGAUGCCAACCGAUAACUCGCAAGACAGUACAAAGUCAUUGUAUGUUAAAUCUAUUACCUAUCAUAAAGUUCUGUAGAAUAAUCGUUUAGCUCUUUUGCUUUCAACUCAAGAUCUGAAAUAAAUAUACUGUUAAGUAUUAAGACAGGAACAAUAAUAGGUAUUUGUCCAAUGUGCUUUUCAAAGUACU